CUUCUUGUUUUGUAUUGUCUCGCUGUGUGAUUUGACAGAGAGAAGGUCCAACGAAAAGAAGUUGUAAAUUUCAAAAUAUACCAGUGUUUUUUGCCCAAUAGUUUUUUGUGAAAUGCAACAUUGAAUUGAAUUGAACCAGUGUUUUUUACGAUGCACGAAAUUUGUGGCAGUUGUUAAAAAAAAAUUGAUGGUUAUAGUUGGACAGACUGACGGAUCUGUUGUUGUUUGUCUUGUUUUUAAAGUUUUUAAUUUUAAGGUUAUUAAAAUAAUUACAUGUUGAUUUAAGUACUCAAACAUGGCUCUGCGUGACAUUAAAAAGAUGAAACAAGGAAUGUCUUACACCCGUAAAGAAAAAACGAUUAUUUUGAACGUAUUUAAAUAUUUUCGUGGCGAAUAUCCCGGUCAAUGCGUUACUGAAAUUGUUAGAAAAACCGCUAAAGCCACUGGGUGUAGCGAAAAAAGCGUUUUCCAGUUUCGAAAGGAAGAAGCCAGCCCGGAGGGGUUUAGAGAACCUUCUAAAACCAAAAUACGUAAAAAUAUAAACAUAAACAGCAGAUUUAUCAAGUAUGACAAUAAUGUUAGAGGUGGAAUUAAAAACAUUGUUUACGAAUUAAAAAACAAUAAUGGUUUUCCCAGCUUAAAUACUAUUCUAAAAAAGGUUAAUGAUACUCUCAGUUUACCAAAUUUUUCGCUUAUGACUUUAAGGAGGUUGUUGUUUGACAUGGGCUUUUAUUAUGAAAAAAAUGGAAAUAAAUCCGUUUUAAUGGAUAAAACUGUCAAAAGCAAUUGCUCUUUUGAGACAAAAUCCGACAAAGCCAAGGAUAAUGCUUCAGAUAAUAAGCCUGUAGUCGCCAACGACACUGGCACGGCUGGUGAAACAAACUUAGUGUGUCAAAGUAGUGAAGGUCACAACAGCAUUGCAAAUAAUAAACUUCAGAAUCAGACAUAUUAUCAACCGAUAAUCAGUCAUAGCCAAAAACCGACAUUCCAUUCUCAUUCAGAAAGCACUCAUUCAUCGCAUUUUCAUAGUGUUCCAAUGAUGUUUAGCCAUAGAAUACAUCCAUAUGCAAUCCAUCCCCCAAUAUCAUCUAAUGCAGAUAUUCAUUGUAAAUCAGAAGGCCCGCUAUUUUAUCAACAUCCUCCACAUAAUGCAGGGAUGCAGUAGAUAUGUGGCUUUAAUGGUGCGAAGUAGGAUGUCCAUAGCUAUCAGAGUACCAGUUCUGCCCACUCCAGCGCUGUGAGUAUUUCAAAUUUGUUAAGUAGUCAACGACUUCUUCUGUUACCAUAACAUUUAUAUAAUCGAAAUGUUGAGAAAUAAAAACAAAAUGGCGGCGUUCUGAAGUUUAAAAGUAUGAUGCGGAAACAUUCCUUUGUUCAGAAUGUUAUCCUUUUUUAAAUUAAAAUUUCAAAAAAAUUUAAACUAAAAAAAUUUUCAAAGUUGAAUUUUAUUUUUUUUAAUUUACCUGGAGUAAAUAGAAAUUGCAAAAUUAAGUGCUUACAACAAAACAAAAAUAGAUUUUUAAACCACAAAUGAUAUAUUUUAAACUUAUUUUGAAAAAUACAGGGUGAUUUAAAAAAGGUACAUAUGAGAGAUAUGUUAUGUUAUGGAACAUAUGCCCAACCCUGAUGGUUUUUGGAAAAAAAUAUAAAAACGCAUUUUGCUUAUAAAACAAAGGAGAUAGGUGUAGGGAACCUUGAUAUGGUUUUAAAGGGCAAUUAAAUUCUGCGUCAAAAAAGGUCAUUAAAUACGGGAUGUUUCAUUGAACUGUAAGAAAUUAUUUAAUUAAAUGUGUACCCCAACUACACCACUCUGUAUAAUUCUCAAAAUUUUUCAAGAACGGUCCGGUUUACGUAUAGAAAAUGUAAUAGUAACUGGGUACCUAUAUUUGCCUAUUGUAACUAAAGAUAUAAAAAAAAUAUAUUACCUUUUUUUUUGACCCACAUAAUGAUCUGCUAAAAAGUUUUCCUAAACUCUUUUCAUUUUUCUUACAAAAACCUAUAUUAUCUUGUCUAUUGCACAGUCUAUUUCAAAUCUUAAUAUCAAAUAAUUGUUCUUCUAUUUUUAUCGAUCGUAAUGAAAUUUUGAAAUUUGAACUUUUCAGAGAGUAUCCGUUUUCCCAAAAAAAAAAAAAAAAAUUAAAAAUACCGGAAAACCUUUUUUUCGCGACUAUUUUCGAUUGGGGAUAUUGAGAGUUUCAAAAUAUCCGUUUUAAUACUAUUCAUUGAUCGAAUAAGUACUAAAAUAAAUAUUUGCACGCAAUAUGCAAAUAAAAAAUGUGUUUCCGCACCAAUCUUUUGAUUUUCAUGUAACUCAUUCACUGAUUUAUCUACCGAAAUUGUUAUCGCAAAACUGCAAUUUAUCACGAAAUUCUUUUAACUAAUUAGGGACGUUCUAAAAGUGUUUCUCACUCCACAAAAAAAGUGUUUUUCUAAGUGCUUCGAUCAGAAAGCAUGUCACUUGUACAUAUCGUUAAAGUUUUAUGGUAUCUUACAUUCUUAUUAAAGAGGAAAUCUUAUUUAAUAGUCACUAAAUAAUUGAAAUAACACUUUGGUUUAAAAACUCAAAUUCGAUUCAAUACUUUAAUAUAUGUUGUAUCACAAAAAAGGUAUAUAAAUAUAAAAAGACAAAUUUUCGGUGAUCCUCUAUAUGACAAAAUCAUUGUAACCAUUAAGUGACCUUCUAGAAUAUUGGACGUUUCCAAAAUAAUUUAUGAAUCUGUUUCAAUAGAUAUGUGUGUAGCAAAGGUUACUUGGAGGAACACUUUUAGCACUAGUUUAGCAAGUAAAUAGUUAUUAAUUAAUUAGUAAUUAAAAUACCAUAAGACUGAAUAAGCAAAAUAUUUUCUUUCUUCAUAAUUGUCCUAAAAAGUGCUGAACAGUACCCGAAUGUGAUGCUAUCUCGUGCCAUUUUAAACCUAACAGUAUUAUUUAUGUAUUUUGUAAUUUUAGCGGUAAUACUUUUUCAAAUAAAUAUUUAAA